AAGAAGACGUACAUUUCCUUCCUGUUUGGCGGUGUUUGGUAUUACAAACCACGUCAAAGAACAUGUCCGGUGUUGUGUGACAUGUCGCUGGCUGCUGCUGGUGUGUCACUGAGGUGUGUUAGAGUCCUGUCUGCUCACUGUGCUGUGGUCCCAUCGUGUCUCAGCGCUGCAGGAUGUAACAGAGGUCUGAAGCUUGUGGGAAUGCAGAGCCGCACGCAGCACAGCAGCACAGGGAUGCUUGUGCGGAAUGGAGAGAAUAAGAAAGCAGUGAUCUGGGUUGAGGGGAACAUUGCCAGUGGGAAGACAACGUGUCUGGAGUAUUUCAGCAAAACGAGCAAUAUAGAGGUCCUUACAGAACCAGUCUCUAAAUGGAGGAAUGUCCGUGGACACAACCCUCUGGCUCUGAUGUACCAGGAUCCUGAGCGCUGGGGCAUCACCCUGCAGACCUACAUUCAACUCACCAUGCUGGAUCGUCACUUGUCAUCCACAACGGCUCCUGUCAGGAUGAUGGAGCGGUCCCUCUUCAGUGCCAAGUACAUCUUUGUGGAUAAUCUCUUCAGAAGUGGAAAAAUGCCAGAAGUGGACUAUGCUGUUCUCAGCGAGUGGUUUGAUUGGAUCACAACUAAUAUUUCCAUUCCUGUUGAUCUGAUUGUCUACCUGCAGACGUCUCCUCAGACCUGCCACGAGAGGUUAAAGCAGAGAUGCAGAGAGGAGGAGAAAGUCAUUCCACUGGAAUAUCUGGAGUCUAUCCACCAGCUAUAUGAAGACUGGCUCAUCAAGGAGACCACCUCUCCUCUUCCUGCUCCUGUUUUAGUGAUCCCUGCUGACCAUGAUCUCCAGAAGAUGCUGCAACAGUAUGAAGAAAAUCGUGACAAGAUCCUCACAGCUAGUUGCACCUGAUUCCUAAUCAUACAAUCAUACAAUCAUACAGACAAAACCAUAGUUACAACUCUGAUCUGUUACAUUCAUUUAGGUUUUUCACAACUAUAUUAUUUAAGAAUCAGAUUUUAAAUUUUCAGCUAUGUAAAACAUUCUCUCCAGUUUCCACAAUGAUCAGCCACAACAUUAAAACCUGUUUGCUGUGGCUGAUAGGUGUUUACUAUAUGUGACAACUUGUUCUCACUAACAGGUUGGAGAAGCUUCAGAAACAGAACCAACUUCAGUGCAAGUGAAACAUUCCACUGAAUAUCAGAAUGUAAAUAGAACAUUUUAAAGGAACUUGAAACACUUCCAAGUGUCAAGGAAUGUUGCAUUACAUAUAUAUAUUAAUAAACAUUUAGUGAAAAGUAAAAUCUGCAAUCCCAAGUUUGAUUUUAAAUAUGUUUUGCUCUUUUAUGUUGAGCAGAUUAGUUGAAGGACUUAAUGAGAAAAACACGUGAGAUGUUAAGUGCUUUUUUAUCAAACGCUUUACACAUUUUAGGCACUCAUGAUUCCUGAGUGUUGAGCAGUGGAGCCUGACAAUACAAGGUCCAAGAAAGUGGACAUUGUUGUAAUAUAUACUAUUGCUCUCAACCAGACACAAAGAAUAUGUAACCAUUGUUUGUUUAACAAACAGUGACAAUAUAUUCGGUUUAUAUUAAAUUCUAAAGUGAAUUAAAGUAAAUAAAUUGUAUAAUAUAAUUGAUAAAUCCAACAAUGAAAUGUUACUUAUUUAUAUGGCUCCCUGGAUCAACCUUGCUAUGGUUACUGUUGAUUGACUUUUAGUCAACUAUUAAAGUUCUAACACACAAAUAUCUCUGAUGUCCUUGUGAUGGCCGCACCAGCAGCCACACACUGGACCUCAGCAACAUGGUGGGCACCUUUCGUCCGUCUGUUUAAUUUGCUUAGUUCAGGUUUCCUUUUGCACACACACACACACACACACACACACACACACACACACACACACACACGUACGUAACAGAUACGUGUGUUUCAUACAACAUACCUCAUCAAUUUAUACAUUUUCUUGUGAGAACUAAUUAAGUUUAAUUUGAGUUACCAGUUGCUCGUAAUCAUGGGGAGGGUUAUUCGUUAUUUCGAUUUUUGGUUCAUUUUUGACUACUGUUUUGAUAUUGAUGUUUAAUAAUUUUUGAGGGGCCUAAUCAGCCACUAUAUAUGUUUCCCCUGUGUCUCAAUCAGAAGGUCAGUUUGCGCUGUUAACUUGUCUUCAGUUGGUACCUGAGUUUAGUUUUGUUAGGUUGACCUUUUAUGGGCCCAAAUUUGUUGUGAAGUUUAUUUUUUCCUUUUUGUUAAUAAAGACAUAAGCAUUUAAUUUGUUUUUAAACUA